AUGCACACAUCAUCUGCGCCGGUGUCGGUCCUACCACCAACGUUUGAGCAACACCACGAUGGUUUCGGGGUACAUUGCUCGCGGCCACGCAUUUCUUGGCGAUUCUCAGACUCCUCAGAAGGCGUUACAAAUUGGACGCAAACAGCCUACGAGAUUGAAAUCUCGGAAAGGAUUGGUGUCACUCCUCAGGUCUUCAAAGUCGAAAGUCCCGACUCUGUUCUGGUCCCAUGGCCAAGCCCUGAGACGCUGUGUUCUCGUACACGUCGUCAGGUGCGCGUGAAGUGCCAUGGCAGCUACACCAUUUCUAGUGGGCAUAAAAAGUCAUCUGUCACCGAAUGGUCGCCUUUUAGCAUUCUAGAGAUCUCGUUAUUGCACAACAGCGACUGGGGAGCGCACAUGAUCACGGUGGCAAAGUCGUGGCCCCUCAACCCGGACGGAUCUGCCAUCCCACUCUCCUUUGUGAAAAGCUUCACUCUUCCAGUGCAUUCUGGCAAGGUCGAACGCGCACGACUUUACAUAACAAGCCAUGGAACUUAUUUGGCACGAAUAAAUGAUAGCAGGGUUGGCAAUCAUUGCCUAAGCCCCGGCUGGCAGAGCUACCACAAAAGGCUUCACUACCAGGUUUUCGACAUCGGGCAUCUCCUACGCCCCGGCUCGAACGAUAUUCAGAUAGAGGUGGCUUCAGGAUGGUUUGCCUCGGCAUGGACAUGGGCUAGCAGGCGGUUCAUCUAUGGGAGUCGGCUGGGUGUCCUCGCGCAACUCGAAGCCUGGUACACGGACGCGCCCGCUCCGGCAACGUUGGUGGCUACGGACGACACUUGGGGUGUCUCACGCACUGCGUUGGCGAGCAGUGAGAUUUACAACGGUGAAUUCUACGACCAACGGCGAAUCUUGACCUCCUCGCCAGGCGAGGUCGAUUGCUUCACAUGUGAGAUUUCGCCUAUCCGUGUGAGCAAACUCAUCUCGCCAGACGCCCCGCCAGUCAGAGUGGUGGACAGAAUAGCGCCGAAAGAAAUAUUCAAGUCGCGGUCCGGAAAUGCUACUAUCGUUGACUUUGGGCAGAACCUUGCUGGCCGCGUUUGUGUCAGAAGAUUGCAGAAGCCAAACGGGUCGUGUGUGACCUUUCGUCAUGCGGAGGUCAUCCAGGAUGGCGAAAUCCAAACUCGUCCACUGCGCUCGACAAAAGCGACAGAUACAUUACUAUUCGCCGGACUUGAAGUGGUCGACUGGCAUCCGGCUUAUACAUUUCACGGCUUCAGAUUUGUCGAAAUCACCGGCUGGAGCGCCGACGACCGAGAAUUUCCGUUAACGGAUUCGAGUAUCGUUGCCGAAGUUUUGCAGACCGAUAUGGCUCGCACAGGCUGGUUUUCAUGCUCCGACGAAGAUGUUUCUCGGUUGCAUGAGAAUUCAUUAUGGAGCAUGAGGAGUAACUUUCUCUCUGUCCCUACUGAGUGCCCCUCGAGAGAUGAGCGGAUGGGCUGGACAGGAGAUCUUAACCUGUUUGCGCCGACCGCAAAUUUCCUCUACGAUACGACGGGCAUGCUGAGAAAUUGGUUACAAGAUCUGUAUGAGGAUCAGAUGGAGGAGAGUCCACACUGGCGCAGGGGAGUGGUACCACUCUUCAUCCCAAACUGCUUACUCAAAACGAACGGCAUUGAACAUGGAUGGGACCCAAUGCCAAAUGGGGUCUGGGGGGACGCCUCGGUAAUGGUUCCUUGGGAACUCUACCAGACCUACGGUGAUGUUGAAUUUCUGGAAGCACAAUUCCAGAGUAUGCUUCAUUAUCUGGAGCAUGGCAUAACCCGUGGCAAGGACGGUCUGUGGGACCCGGAACAGUGGCAGUUUGGAGACUGGCUGGACCCGCGGGCGCCUCAGAACGAUUCUGGAAGAGGCACUACUGACGGUGUCUUCGUCGCUGACUGCUUUCUUAUAGCAUCGACAGGCAUCGUUGUGGAGGUAGCAAGGUUGCUUGGCAAGCCAGACGUCGCGUCGCGAUUUCAAAAUACGAGUGAGCGUCUUGUCCAGUCCUGGAGGAGCAAAUAUCUCACAGAGGCCGGUCUGAUUCUUCCGGACACUGCCACGGCCAUUUCACUCGCUCUCUCGUUCAAUCUCCUCCCAGACUCCGAUGGUGAUGCAAUGCGGCAUCUAGCAGUCGAGCGUCUUGCCCGAAUAAUUCGUCUAAACGACUUCAAAAUCACCUCUGGAUUCGUGGGCACUGCAUAUCUGCCGCAGGUACUGACCGACUCUGGCAAGGUUGAAUUGGCCUAUGCCAUGCUUUUUCAAAGGCGAUGUCCUUCGUAUCUGUAUCCAGUAACCAUGGGCGCUACGACAACGUGGGAACGAUGGGACAGCAUGUUCCCUGACGGGAGCGUCAAUCCAGGAUCAAUGACGAGCUUCAACCAUCACGCUCUUGGAAGUAUAGCACACUGGCUGCAUGUUGUUGUGGGCGGUCUUGAGGCGAUGGAGCCUGGUUGGAGGGUGUUUAGGGUCCAGCCUUGGCCCAAUGUGAAACUGACUUGCGCAGCAACUCGAUUCGAAUCCAAGUAUGGCCGGAUAGCGGUCAAAUGGACUCUGAAGGGGAACCAUUUUAGUAUGUGGCUGCAAGUGCCGCCGAAUUCUAAAGCUAUAGUGAGCAUGCCGGGUGAGGAGAACGAACGUUGCAUUGGCUCGGGAAAAUAUCGCUUUGAGAGUCAGUUUGUGCAAACGAACUGGCCGCCCAAGGCUCUGCUUCCGCCUUGGGGGAGAGCAGAAUUCUAG